AUGUUCUAUGCACAAUUCGUGCUCGCAAAGAAGGGCCCGUUGGCGAAAAUCUGGUUGGCGGCACAUUGGGAAAAGAAGCUGACGAAAGCGCAAAUCUACGAAACCGAUGUCGAGGAGGCUGUUGACGAAAUACUCAAGCCAAAGGUGAAAAUUGCUCUACGAACCACAGGUCAUUUGUUGUUGGGCAUUGUGAGGAUCUACUCGAGGAAAACCAAAUACCUACUCGCUGAUUGCAACGAAACGUUUCUUCGACUUCGGAUGACAUUCCGACCCGGACAAUCGGUUGAGACGGUUGUAAUCGAUAAGGAACAAGAGAUUCAUCUAGAAGCCAUCACUUUGCCAGAGGUAUACGCAAAUCUUGAUGCGGCGAUUCCCGAGCUAGACGACUUGGAUUUCCAAACUCAAUUUGACACAAACCAGAGCCGUUAUGAAGAAAUUACACUUAACGAGAUUUACGACAAGGCACAUCAAACUGCAUUUGGAGCUGAUUUUGGGAUGGACGAUUUUGGCGAAUCUCAGCUUCAAAGAGGACCGCUCUUCAACAUCGAUGAGCCAUUGUUUGGUGGAUCUCUUUUGGAACAACGUCGUGAUGAAAGUGGUCGCUUGAUCAAUGCUUCAAGAAACCUUAACAAUACUUCUGAACUCUAUGAUGGUCAACCCAAAAAUGUGAACAUUUUCGGAGCGGAAGAUUUUGAGAUGCAAACAGCUGACGGGAAUCUCUUAAAUCUUGAUGCACCAGGCAGUCUCUUCAAUGACUUGGAACCAAUGGACUUCGGAAUGCCGGAAAAUCAAGUACAACAUGAGCUAACGCCACUCAGAGAGCCUGCCAAUGAGAACGACGUAUCGACUAGAUCUUCUUUCGAAUUGGGGCCCGUUGACGUGGAUGAACUGGCUAAUCAACAACAAGGACGCAAUCGACGUCGUCGCAAGCUCGUUGUUGAUCAAAACAUCAAAAUGAGUGACGCUGAUCUUAAGAAAAAUAUGGAUCAUUUUACGGAUACAUUGAAGCCAAUGGAUUUGGCUCCGCCAUCAAAGCGACUUAUGCAGUUGCGUGAAUAUGGAAAUGCGGAUCUCCUCUUCCAACAGCCUGCCUCGGAUAUGAUGCGCUCGAGCGUUUUGAAGAGGCGUUACCAAGAGCACUUGAUUCCACGAAUUCGCGAUGACCAAAGUACUCGAUCGACGGGACUCGAAAUCAGGGAAGAGCUUGAAAUGGCCGAGGAUAUUGAACAACAACGGGAUGUUACACCAGCUAUGCAGUCCUUCCUCGACAACUUGAACACGACGGACUUGGAUAUGCCCGCUCCACCACCCGAGCCCUUCACAUCAUUCAACGAAAUGCCAAUCGAUAUGCUGGACAUAGAUCAAGAGAACAAUCCUUUUGGCCCCGAGUUUGGACAACAGCCAAGAAAUUCCGAAAUCGACCGUGACAUCUUGGGCGACAUUUCCAACGUUCCGGAGCCUAAGCGUGCCAAGACGGAGGAGCCUGAAAAUAACGACACAAAUGAAGUCAGUUUCACGAAGAGAACGAAUAUGCUUCUUCACGCAAUUGUCACCAAAUUGGACUCAAAUGUGGAAGGAUACGUGAAACUGGACGCCGUGGUUGCCACAAAUGCGACGAAGAAAGAAGCCGCUCGUAGCUUCUACGAGCUCCUCGUGCUCAAGAAGUUCCAAGCUGUGGAUAUCAAACAGGACGAGCCUUACGGUGCAAUUCGAAUCAUGAAAGGCAAUCACAUCAAUUCGUUUUCGGAGCACCAAAUUCAU